AGUUGUUCUCUAUAAAUAUAUACAGAGAUCCUUCUUUUAUUUAUUUAGAUGCCGUUAGGUCAUUAGCGGUCUUAGAAAUCCCCGUAGUAUUUUGUGGUUUGGAGAGUCUAGGGGGGUCUGGGUGAUUAAUAUGGUCUGUGGAGCUAUUUACGUCAGUUGUGUUAAUACUGAAGUUAGAUUCAAUAUUAUAUACCGAGUGAGUAGAAAUGGUAGUAAAUGUUCGUACAUAGUACUAUAAAGUUAUGAUAUUGAUACAGAAAUAUAUGCGUAUUACGCGUAGGUAAAAUGGUGUACUUAGCAAAAGAAAACCUUUGUCUACCUAGAAAAAUUGUGACAGCAUACUCUUAUAUUGGCAGCAAACCGCUGCAGAUAUGGGACAAGAAGGUUCGAAAUGGUCACAUAAAGAGGAUUACGGACAACGACAUUCAAAGUCUGGUGCUAGAAAUUGUCGGGACCAACGUUAGCACCACGUACAUAACAUGUCCUGCAGACCCGAAGAAGACGCUCGGCAUCAAGCUACCAUUCUUAGUUAUGAUCAUUAAGAACCUGAAGAAGUACUUCACAUUCGAAGUCCAGGUUUUGGACGACAAAAAUGUACGACGAAGGUUCAGAGCAAGUAACUAUCAAUCAACUACUCGUGUGAAACCAUUCAUUUGCACCAUGCCAAUGCGACUUGAUGAGGGCUGGAACCAAAUCCAAUUUAACUUGGCUGAUUUCACCCGGAGAGCUUAUGGAACUAAUUAUGUAGAAACCCUCAGGGUCCAGAUACAUGCAAACUGUAGGAUAAGGAGAGUUUACUUCUCCGAUAGAUUGUACUCUGAGGAUGAGCUGCCAGCAGAAUUCAAACUAUUCCUUCCCAUACAGAAUAAAGCAAAAGCAACAGUAGCUACCUAAUCAACAUAUUAAAUAAAAACUAAUGUAUAUGAUCAUUACUGUAGUAAAAUCUACCUUUAAGUUUAUUUUGUUUGUAUAAUGAUGCUAACGGACAGUGCACCACUUAUUUGAUAUGCAACAUUUUGUUGUAACUGUGUGAGAAAUAGAAAAGCACUUUAAAA